AGGUAACGCCGUACAUGCACAUGCUUAUAACCUAGGUCAAUUAGGAAACUGAUUGUAGCCUUACACUCGGUAUUCGAAUGUCGUAUAACAUCCCACCUAUCAACCCUCCUAUUGCGUAACGGCAGUGCCGUGAACGGGCAUGAUCGUGUUGAUGUCGAAUAAGCACAGAGCCUCAACUGCAUAAAGUGAUAAUUGUGCAGAAUCUGUGAUGAACGUGCAUAAUUUGUCUUGUGUUACCAGACUAGUACUUGAAUGGUACAUGUGAACGUAAUACUACUAUCAAUCCUUUCACUUGGUGACAGCGACGCGCCAGAAACAUGCUGUCAUGCAUUAUCGGGUUUAUGUCGAAUAAGAACAGAAUCUCGACAGCAUAGAAUGAUAAACGAGCAAGACUUGUGUAGGAUUCGUGGUAUGACCAAAAUGGUCCUCAAACGUUACAAUCAGGAUUUAACGCAAGGGAGCAAUAUAGAUAACGGAUUUGCGGCCAUGCUUUCCAGCAAUAGUGUUCAGUAUCUUGGCAACCUUGUGAAACUUCCGGCUUGCCCGUCACAUCGCGGGGCUCUACCCCCCUGGACUCUUGAAAGCAAAGAACUAUCCCAGGCUGCUGCGUAGGAUUGUUAACUUGAACAAGAGAAUGGUGGAACUAUUCGCAAUCGUUCGUCCAAUAGUAUAGUCUUUAUCGGGAAAGAGGUUCGUC